AUGAGCAACCCGUCGUUCGAUGACUCACAUGAGUACGAGUACGAUUUUCCAGACUAUCCCUCUCACCACAACCGCAGACACCACCAUGAGGUGCCCGCUCCACCUCCCCGCGCACGUUUGCCUAUCCCAGACCUUCGCUUCGAACAAACAUACCUCACGCGAAUAGGUCCAUGUAUUCACAUUGAGCCACGUCCUCUGGACAUCAAGAAUGAUGAAAAGAAGAAAGGAGACCUGGAACUGCUACUUGCAAUGGCGGAUGAGAGCAACGCGGAUGCAUACGUGACCGCGACGCAUGCCUCUCCCUUCCUCGACUCAUCCCACAGCAUCGUACGAAUAGACUGGGCACCCCUCGCAUGGAUCACUGUGCGGGACCAAGUCAUAUUUCCUCUCCUUCAGGGUAUCCUUUGGGGAGUGGUUGGGCACUAUUAUCGUCCUUUUUUCAGCGCAGCUGGGGCUCGAUUACGUGGGAAAUCAAAUCCACGUCGCACUACCGAGGGCGAAGGUGUGGGAUGGUUAAGGAGCUGGGUUAAAAAUCUGGGCUUGGGGGAUAUCACAGGAGGGUUGAGGAGUAGUAGACAAUAA